UAUAAAUGCCUAGAGUGUGGAAAGAGCUUCAGUCAGAGUCACCACCUUAUUUCGCAUCACAGAACUCACACACAAGACAAACCUUAUAAAUGCUUGGAGUGUGGAAAGAGCUUCAGUCAGAGUCACCACCUUAUUUCGCAUCACAGAACUCACACACAAGACAAACCUUAUAAAUGCUUGGAGUGUGGAAAGAGCUUCAGUCAGAGUAGCAACCUUGCCUCGCAUCACAGAACUCACACAGGAGACAAACCUUAUAAAUGCUUGGAGUGUGGAAAGAGCUUCAGUCAGAGUAACAGCCUUGCCUCGCAUCACAAAAUUCACACAGGGGACAAGCCCUAUAAAUGCAUGGAGUGUGGAAAGAGCUUCAGUGAGAGUAGCAGCCUUAAUUCGCAUCACAAAACUCAUACAGGGGAGAAACCUUAUAAAUGCCUAGAGUGUGGAAAGAGCUUCAGUCAGAGUCACCACCUUAUUUCGCAUCACAGAACUCACACACAAGACAAACCUUAUAAAUGCUUGGAGUGUGGAAAGAGCUUCAGUCAGAGUCACCACCUUAUUUCGCAUCACAGAACUCACACACAAGACAAACCUUAUAAAUGCUUGGAGUGUGGAAAGAGCUUCAGUCAGAGUAGCAACCUUGCCUCACAUCACAGAACUCACACAGGAGACAAACCUUAUAAAUGCUUGGAGUGUGGAAAGAGCUUCAGUCAGAGUAGCAACCUUGCCUCGCAUCACAGAACUCACACAGGAGACAAACCUUAUAAAUGCUUGGAGUGUGGAAAGAGCUUCAGUGAGAGUAGCAGCCUUAAUUCGCAUCACAAAACUCAUACAGGGGAGAAACCUUAUAAAUGCCUAGAGUGUGGAAAGAGCUUCAGUCAGAAUCACCACCUUAUUUCGCAUCACAGAACUCACACAGGAGACAAACCUUAUAAAUGCUUGGAGUGUGGAAAGAGCUUCAGUCAGAGUAGCAACCUUGCCUCGCAUCACAGAACUCACACAGGAGACAAACCUUAUAAAUGCUUGGAGUGUGGAAAGAGCUUCAGUGAGAAUUGCAGCCUUGCCUCGCAUCACAGAACUCACACAGGAGACAAACCUUAUAAAUGCUUGGAGUGUGGAAAGAGCUUCAGUGAGAGUAGCAGCCUUAAUUCGCAUCACAAAACUCAUACAGGGGAGAAACCUUAUAAAUGCCUAGAGUGUGGAAAGAGCUUCAGUCAGAGUCACCACCUUAUUUCGCAUCACAGAACUCACACACAAGACAAACCUUAUAAAUGCUUGGAGUGUGGAAAGAGCUUCAGUCAGAGUAGCAACCUUGCCUCGCAUCACAGAACUCACACAGGAGACAAACCUUAUAAAUGCUUGGAGUGUGGAAAGAGCUUCAGUCAGAGUAACAGCCUUGCCUCGCAUCACAAAAUUCACACAGGGGACAAGACCUAUAAAUGCAUGGAGUGUGGAAAGAGCUUCAGUGAGAGUAGCAGCCUUAAUUCGCAUCACAAAACUCAUACAGGGGAGAAACCUUAUAAAUGCCUAGAGUGUGGAAAGAGCUUCAGUCAGAAUCACCACCUUAUUUCGCAUCACAGAACUCACACAGGAGACAAACCUUAUAAAUGCUUGGAGUGUGGAAAGAGCUUCAGUGAGAAUUGCAGCCUUGCCUCGCAUCACAGAACUCACACAGGAGACAAACCUUAUAAAUGCUUGGAGUGUGGAAAGAGCUUCAGUCAGAGUAACAGCCUUGCCUCGCAUCACAAAAUUCACACAGGGGACAAGCCCUAUAAAUGCAUGGAGUGUGGAAAGAGCUUCAGUGAGAGUAGCAGCCUUAAUUCGCAUCACAAAACUCAUACAGGGGAGAAACCUUAUAAAUGCCUAGAGUGUGGAAAGAGCUUCAGUCAGAGUCACCACCUUAUUUCGCAUCACAGAACUCACACACAAGACAAACCUUAUAAAUGCUUGGAGUGUGGAAAGAGCUUCAGUCAGAGUCACCACCUUAUUUCGCAUCACAGAACUCACACACAAGACAAACCUUAUAAAUGCUUGGAGUGUGGAAAGAGCUUCAGUCAGAGUAGCAACCUUGCCUCGCAUCACAGAACUCACACAGGAGACAAACCUUAUAAAUGCUUGGAGUGUGGAAAGAGCUUCAGUCAGAGUAGCAACCUUGCCUCGCAUCACAGAACUCACACAGGAGACAAACCUUAUAAAUGCUUGGAGUGUGGAAAGAGCUUCAGUGAGAGUAGCAGCCUUAAUUCGCAUCACAAAACUCAUACAGGGGAGAAACCUUAUAAAUGCCUAGAGUGUGGAAAGAGCUUCAGUCAGAAUCACCACCUUAUUUCGCAUCACAGAACUCACACAGGAGACAAACCUUAUAAAUGCUUGGAGUGUGGAAAGAGCUUCAGUCAGAGUAGCAACCUUGCCUCGCAUCACAGAACUCACACAGGAGACAAACCUUAUAAAUGCUUGGAGUGUGGAAAGAGCUUCAGUGAGAAUUGCAGCCUUGCCUCGCAUCACAGAACUCACACAGGAGACAAACCUUAUAAAUGCUUGGAGUGUGGAAAGAGCUUCAGUGAGAGUAGCAGCCUUAAUUCGCAUCACAAAACUCAUACAGGGAAGAAACCUUAUAAAUGCCUAGAGUGUGGAAAGAGCUUCAGUCAGAGUCACCACCUUAUUUCGCAUCACAGAACUCACACAGGAGACAAACCUUAUAAAUGCUUGGAGUGUGGAAAGAGCUUCAGUCAGAGUAGCAACCUUGCCUCGCAUCACAGAACUCACACAGGAGACAAACCUUAUAAAUGCUUGGAGUGUGGAAAGAGCUUCAGUCAGAGUAACAGCCUUGCCUCGCAUCACAAAAUUCACACAGGGGACAAGCCCUAUAAAUGCAUGGAGUGUGGAAAGAGCUUCAGUGAGAGUAGCAGCCUUAAUUCGCAUCACAAAACUCAUACAGGGGAGAAACCUUAUAAAUGCCUAGAGUGUGGAAAGAGCUUCAGUCAGAGUAGCAACCUUGCCUCGCAUGGCAGAACUCACACAGGAGACAAACCUUAUAAAUGCUUGGAGUGUGGAAAGAGCUUCAGUCAGAGUAGCAGCCUUAAUUCGCAUCACAAAACUCAUACAGGGGAGAAACCUUAUAAAUGCCUAGAGUGUGGAAAGAGCUUCAGUCAGAAUCACCACCUUAUUUCGCAUCACAGAACUCACACAGGAGACAAACCUUAUAAAUGCUUGGAGUGUGGAAAGAGCUUCAGUGAGAAUUGCAGCCUUGCCUCGCAUCACAGAACUCACACAGGAGACAAACCUUAUAAAUGCUUGGAGUGUGGAAAGAGCUUCAGUGAGAGUAGCAGCCUUAAUUCGCAUCACAAAACUCAUACAGGGGAGAAACCUUAUAAAUGCCUAGAGUGUGGAAAGAGCUUCAGUCAGAGUCACCACCUUAUUUCGCAUCACAGAACUCACACACAA